AUGGAUCCUAAAUUCCGAUCUCAAAGUUUUAUUGUGAAUGAUAGGAUAGAAAUACCUCUGAGCUAAGACCUUUUUGGUUUUGCUUUUAACUACAAUUAAACUUUUACAAUUGAUUAAUAUUAAUAAUCAUAAAAUUUAACUUAUUUAGUCUACAUCGCUUACUUUUAAUAUGCAGAUCCAGUUACUAAUGAUUAUUAGUUCAUUUAUCUUGACAUCAAUAAUUGCACUGAUCCAUAACUUGAAGGUUUACUUUGUGUUGAUUAUUCUAAAAUAAAAAAUUAUACAUUAGUUCUUGACGUUAAUAAUAAUAUAGGUUCUGAAAUCAAUAUAAAUUUGUACGGAUGCAAUGAUAUAGACUAUAUAAAAACUACUAAGCCAAAUAACUGUGCUUCUUAAUAAGAUAUAGAUGCAGUUAUAAAUGGUUUCGCAGCUAAUUUUUACAUGAAGCUUAAAGUAUAGUAGUACAACACAACCUCUAAGUAAAUCCAGACAAACUAUAGAAGAAUCUAUAAUUAUGUAAUUUCAAACUAAUAUUUUUUGAAUAGUAUACACACAUAAAAAUAAGAAACCGAAGUUUCUAAAGGUUUAUUAUAUUAGACCAAAGAAACUUAUUCUUCUCCAAUUUAAUACGAUCAAUAUACUUAAGCCUUUGAUAGAUAACUUUCUUUACAAACAGGUCUAGGACCUUAUGCAUGCGUUUCCUUGUAUAUGGACGAAGUUGUGCAAUAAUUUUAAAUUUAGUAUCCAACAAUAACUGAAAUUUUAGCUCUUGUAAACAGUGUUGCUGCAAUAUUUAUGAUAUCAAAAGUAAUAGGUAGAUAUUGUUCUUAGAACCUCAUUUAAUAAGAUUUUUUUAUGGUUGCUAUAACAACUAUUUUCCAAGACACAUAUUAAAAAUUAAUCAAGCAAACCAAUUUGAUAGAUUAAAAGGAUGAAAAUCUUCUUAAAGUUGAUUUUUGUACAGAAAAUUUUGAUUAAGAUACACAGGAAAAAAAUUAAGUAGAAGAAGUAGCAAUCCCUGACUUUCUUACGAAAUCAAGAGAAUCUGUUGAAAAAUCUCAAGCUAUAAAUCAAGCACAAGAAUAUUCUAACUUUUUAUUACAACUUAGUAAUAAAUAAUCGAAUAAUAACUAACAUGUAGAUGAAGUUAUAACCCAUGAAGAACAAAGAUAGUUUUAAACUAAAUAAAAUAGGUAAUAACGAAUUGGUAGCUUAUAAAAUUAAAUUAAAGGUCAUCAAAACAAACAAAUCCAUUUAUUAACUGAAUCUCCUUUAAUUUAAUCAUAAAUCCAAUUACAGAAUUUUACUAAAUUUUAACCUUCUGUAAUUAACAAAAGUUCAUUAUAAAAAUCAGAAAUAAGUCAAAUAAAAAGUGACUAAAUAAAUAGCAUAUAAGUAAAAGAAGAAUUAAUCAAGUCUCUAAAUUAAAGUAAUUUGAAAAAUGAAGUUGCUUUUAAAAUCAAAACAAAAUAUGGUAAUUCUGUUCAAAGAUAAAUAUAAAAUCUAAUAUUCAAGUUCAAGUGCUUUAAGUCUAAGAAAUUUAAGUACUGUGAAGGAGUAAAUUAAUUAUUAAUAAAUAAGAUAAAGCAGGAGGUGAAUACGAAUCUAGAUAUUUUUCAAUUUUAUAAAGAUAACCUAUUUUUGAAAAAAGCUUUAUCCAUUCUUCUUACUAAAGAUCAGUUAGCUGCCAUACAACUUGUAAGUCUUACAGAAAAUUUCUUCGAUAUUGAUUUAAGAAAAAAGGAAGUAGAAUCAAAUUAUUAAAAAACAAAAGGAAAAUUAAAUCAUUUUGAAAAGUAGUAUUUAAUAAUGUAAUCCGAAUAUCUGUAAGCAAAGUAUAUAGAAAAAUUCUUUAAAAAAUUAAAGGAUGAAGACUAACAAUUAAGUUAAGUAGAUUUAAGAAUAAUUUCAUCAAUAAUUUAAAAAAAAUAAAAAAUUUGA